AUGCUUACCCAACAGCAGCUGGCGCAAUUUGAUAGAGAUGGCUGUAUUGCCAUUGAGAACUAUCUCAGUCCUGGUACUGUGAAAGAGCUGAAUGAUGAGAUUCAGAAGCUACUGGGCGAGAUUGAUCUCAAAACGCACCCCCUUACCAGGUUCACCACCGAUGAGGACGAGGAGCAUGUUGGCGACGACUACUUCAUUAACUCGUCAGACAAGAUACGCUAUUUUUUUGAGGUGGACGCUUUUGCAAACGGCGAGCUGGUCAAGCCAUUGCCAAAGGCGAUCAACAAGAUAGGACAUGGGUUGCACAUGAAAAAUGAAGCUUUCAGGAAGGUCACCAUCACUGAAGACAUUGCGGCGAUCUGCAAGCAGCUGGGCUUUAAGGAUCCGCGCGCACUCCAAAGUAUGGUAAUAAUCAAGCAGCCCGAAAUAGGUGGAAAGGUGCCUAAUCACCAGGACGGAGAGUUUCUCUACACAGAACCUCAAUCUUGUAUCGGAUUCUGGUUUGCCCUGGAGCCUUGUACGCUGCAAAACGGAUGCCUGAGCUUUGUGCCUGGUUCCCAUAAGACUGCAGAGAUUAAACGCCGUUUUGUAAAGGAUCUGGAAAAUGGUGGCACGAAAUUUGUGGACCCGAAAACACUCAAGGAAACUAAGGUCGCGAACGACCCGGAUGACUCAGAGUUCGUUUGCGUGGAAAUCCCCGCCGGCAGUCUCGUUUUGAUCCACAAUAGGGUCAUCCACAAGUCCGAAAAAAACCUGUCCAGAAUGUCCAGAAACGCAUACACGUUCCACGUGAUUGAGGGAGAUGCACAUUACGACGAGCUCAAUUGGCUACAGGUGCCUCCCACUGCUCCUGCGGGCACUGCUGAAUUCUCGAGAAUCUAUGUGAAUUGA